AUGGCUACAUUUCUGACUGUAUCCGUCCUCACUGCAGUUGCCACUGCCUUGAACUCUUUUGAGAUUCGUGCUGAUAAUACCGCCGUGGUUCAUCUGGGCACUUCCAAAGGCGCGGCAGAACAUCUUGCAUCUGGUUUCAUUUAUGGUGUUCCUGACACCCGUGGCCAGAUCCCUUCAGAAUACUGGACGCAGCUCGACAUCCAGGGAUGCCGUACCGGCGGUGCGCAGCUGGGGAGUCCAGCCCGGGGUUGGGUCUGGGGCCGGUCUGAGUACAAGGGGCGCUUUGCUUCGUCAUUGUCCAACUACCAGGAGUGUCGAGAGUACAACGCCGAAGUCAGCUGGCUGGCGCAUGACCUCUGGGGCACAGACAGCACAAAUGACUCCACGAUUUGGCCCGGCGACGGUGGUCAGUGGGACAGCUACGAUGCAUUCGUCCUGCAGCUUGUCGAAGAUCUUUACGACAACGAAGUGCUUGACGGCAGUAUCUACGAGAUAUGGAAUGAACCAGACAUUGGUGUAUUCUGGAAAGGCGAGGGCGGGAUGCAACAAUGGAUUGAUCUGUACAUUCGAACUCACAAGCUCAUCAGAGCCGACUCACGAUUCGACAGUCUGAAGCUCGUUGGCCCCAGUCUGGCAUUCCGUCCUAUGGGUAGUAACCUGUGGUGGACAGAGUGGCUGCGUCAGGUGGCCGGAAACGAUACUAUUCCCGACCAGUACACUUAUCAUUUGGAGGGGACUCUUGCAGAAGCUGACAAUGAUCCUUCGUACACCAACGCUAGCCUCUCAACCUUGCUGGAGACCUAUGGCCUGCCGUCGCGACAGAUCAACGUGAACGAGUAUGCGCAGUACAUAGAGAUGGUUCCCGGCUCGUACAUCUGGUGGAUUUCUGGGCUCGAGCGUUUUGACUUUAUCGGGCUGCUUGGAAACUGGCAAGGGGGCACUACGCUGCACGAUUUAUUUGCCAACCUUCUCACGAAAACAGCUGAUCCCUAUGACUACUCGGCCACCGACUAUGCGCCCGCUCCGGGCUACUGGGUCUACCAGUAUUAUGCUAGCAACAUGACUGGCAACCGUGUCGCUGUUGAUCGAUCGGGCGAUACUCAUCUCGAUGUAUAUGCCACUGUCGGAGACGACCGCGUCCGCCUCAUGGUGGGCACCAAGCUUGCCUCUGGUACUUGGUACGUCACCAUUGACGACCUGGAGUCUGUUGGGCUUCUGGUUUCCGGUACAUUGACCAUCGACACAUGGGGCUUCGAUGGCAACGACCCUCUCGCUGCCCAGGCUGCCCCUAGUUUCCGGAAUUCCGUCCCGCAUGAUUAUACUGAUGGGGCCCUCACCAUUGCUAUUUAUCAGGAAAACAACUACACCGGCUGGGCAUUUGAAUUUGAUGUAGGUGCCUGA